AUGCAGGGGAUGCAGGUGCAUCCGCUGCCCCUUGGUCGUAGGGCGCAGCUACUUAAGCCGCGAUCCCUCUGGCAAAGGCCCGACCUGCUGCCGCUAGCUGCUGCUGUUGUGCUGCUAGUCCUCGCUGUUAAGGAGCAUGAGGAGCUACACCAGGCUGCAGCAGCAGCAGCAGCAACCGCUGCAGCAGCUGCUGCUGCUGUAGGCCAGGGUGCUGCAGCAAAUAUAGCUGCAGCAGCAGGAGAGGGAGUUUUGCCUGGGGAGGUGCCUGCUUUUGCUUCAGAAGACCCUGCUAUCACUGCUGCAGCAGGUGCUGCUGCGGCUGCUGCGGAUGCAUUGCCAGCAGCAGACGCAGCACCUGCUGCAGCAGAAGGCGACGAGGAAGAGGCGCUGCCGUGGCUGCUGCAGACGCGGAGCUCCGUUUUGCUGCUGCUUCUGCUGCUACUGUGGGGCGGUCUGGUGCUUGCGAGCUGCUGGGUGCUGCGGCUACAGCGAUGGAAGAACUACCGUGUGUGCGGCCCUGCAGCAGCAGCAGCUGCUGCAGCAGGUGGAGCAGCAGCAGCAGCAGCAGCAACACACGUGUUUGUUUAUGCUGGGGCUGACGACAAGGAGGAUUACCUGGUGCCCAUCGAGCUGCUGCAGCGCGGAUCAGCAGCAGCUAUUGCUACAGUAGCACCAGCAUCAAGACGUCCUCAACACUCCCACCGCGCCCAACAGCAGCAGCAGCAACAGCAGCAGCAGCAGCAGUUUGAAUUGCUGAUAACGCUCAGGGGGCAGCGGUACUUGUACGAUUUAGAGAGAAGGGACUUCUUCCCCGUUGUGCCGCCGCAGCAUCUGCCGCUACGCUCCUAUUUAGGGUGGACGGGGCUUAUAGAAGGCUUGCCUUCAGCAGCAGCACCAGCACCAGCAGCAGCACCAGCAGCAGCAGGAGGGAUGGAUAAGUUCGUGUGCGAUGCACAGCUGCGGUUCGGCCCCAACUGCUGCGAAGUCCCGGUGCCGCCAUUUGCUGUGCUGCUGCAGCAGCAGCUGGUGUCUCCUUUCUUUUGCUUCCAGGCUGCAUGCGUCUGCUUGUGGCUGCUUGAUGGAUACUGGGGCUUUCCUCUAACUACGCUGUUCCUCUUAACCCUUGUCGAGGCACAGAUGCAGCCGGUCCCCCCUCGGGUGUAUGUACACCGCAAACAAAGCAGCAGAAGCGGCAGCGGCAGCACGUGCUCGUGGCGGCUCGUGAAUGCAGCAGAGCUGCUUCCUGGAGACGUCUUCUGCUGGGAUCUUGAGCACAAACGGAGCAGCAGCAGCACCACCAGCAGCAGCAGCAGCAACAGCAACUGCACCAGCAGCAGCACCAGCAGCAGCAGCACCAGCAGCAGCAGCAACAGCAACAGCAGCGCACCUCUCCUAGCCCCAGUCGAUGGGUUGCUGCUGCAGGGCACUGCGGUGAUUGACGAGUCCUUACUAACAGGAGAAGCCAUACCGCAGGCGAAGGCGGCGCUGUCACUGACGGCUGCAGAGACGGGGGCUCUGGAGGAGCGCCUCGACUGGCAGGGGACCUCGCUGCUGGCAGCAGAAAAUGAAGGGGCCGUAGGCCUCGGCUGCUGCAGACUGCCGAACGCCGCACCCGUUGCACUUGCAGUGCGCACAGGCUUCGCCACCACGGAGCUGCCGCCGCUGCUGCAGUUCCUGCAGCCAUCUGCGGAGCAGCUGCAGCAGGAGCUGGAGCAGCUGCAGCAGCAGCAGCACCGCCGCAAGCCUUCUACCUGGCGGCUGCUGCUCUCACUCUCUCACAUCAUUACUUCCGUUGUACCCCCUGAGUUCCCGAUGCUGCUGUCUCUCACCCUUACUGUCGGCGUUCUUCAUCUUGCAAAGGCAGGCGUCUGCUGUACAGACACACUCAAACUUGCUGCGGCAGGAGGAGUGCGUGUUAUUGCCUUUGACAAGACCGGGACCCUCACGUACCACAAGUACAACCUACUGGGUGUCUUUGGCGUUGGCAGCAAACCUCAGGACCUUGACAAGCAUCAGCAGCAGCAGCAGCAGCAGGAACAGCAGCAGCAGCAGCGACAGCAGCAGCAACAGCAGCAGCAGCGGCGGCAGCAGCAGCGGCGGCAGCAACAGCAACAGCACACCCAGAACCACCUGCCAAGCACGGAUUUAAGCUCUAGACCAUCUCUGCUGCAGCAACAGGAGUUGCCUCUGAUGACAGCUUUAGCUGUUGGUUCGUGCCACUGUCUGCGGCCCGACAGCAACGGAGUACCCGUUGGAGAUCCUCUCGAGUUGGAGGCCUUUAAAAGCUUCGGCUGGAAGCUGCCUUCUCAGCGAUCUGCGAUGCUGCGAAGUGAGCGGGGAGACGCGGUUGCGCAUCUGUCUCUGCUGCUUUGUUUCCCCUUCACCUCAAAUCUGCAGCGUACAACUUCUGUGGCAGAGUUCACCGUAGCAACGGAUGUGUGGCGCGGGCCCCACAACCAGCAGCAGCAGCAGCAGGGAGAGCAGCAGCAGGAGGAGCAGCAGGAGCUGCGUCAGCUGCUGCAGCGGAAGCAAAAAGGCUUCAUCGUUGCUGUUAAAGGCGCCCCAGAGCGCAUAAAACAAUUCCUUGCGAAUGUCCCACCCUCUUACGAUUCAAUGGCAGAUGAACUCACAGGCAGAGGGUUGCGGGUGCUGGCUGUAGCUGCGCGCCUGUGCACAACGAACCCUCAGUCUUCUCCGCGGGAGGCGCUGGAGAGGGAUUUGCUGUUCUGUGGGUUUUUGUCUUUUGCUGCUGCAAUCAAGCCGGGGGUGCAGCAGCAGGUGCAGCUGCUGCGCAGCAGCGGCAACCAAGUUGUUAUGCUAACAGGAGACCAUGCACUCACUGCUGCUGCUGUUGCUGCUGAUGUCGGGAUCAUACACCACCCCAGCACCUGCGGCGUCCCGAGCUGCUGCGGCAGCAGCAGCACCACCAGCAACGAAGACACCAACGAAAGCAAAAACAGCAGCAGCAGCGACGGAACAGCAAAACUGCUGCCGCUCUUCCUCAGUCUCGCAGAGAAUGCGGAGACGACUGAAAAUGCGGCCGCCAGUUCGCAGCCACAGCAACCUCGAGCCCGUCGUACAGCAGCAGCAGCAGCAAAAGCAGCAGCGGACAGCAGCAGCAGCAGCAGCAGCAGCCGCAGCGUAUCUAAAUGCAGCGUAGAGGAGAUGCUGGAAUGGGUGUCUGCUGACCGCAGCGUGAGGCUGCCUUUUGCUGCUGCACUGAGGCCCCAUGCUUCCACUACGUAUGCAUUCUGUGUGUGCGGGACGGUGCUGCAGUACCUGCAGCAGCAGAAGCACCUGCAGCAGCAGAAGCGACAGCAGCAGCAGCUGGAGCAGCAGAAGCAGCGACAGCAGGAAGGCAAUAGGGACGAGCGUGCAUGGAGGGAAGAAGAACUGGCACUGCAGCAGCAGCAGCAGCAGGAAGAGGAGGAGCAAGAGCAGGAGGAGCAGCAGGUGCUGCUGCGGCAGCUCGUCCGUUACGUGCGUGUCUUCGCUCGUCUAUCUCCCAGAGAGAAGCAGCAAGUAGUUAAUGCAUUUGCUGCUGAGGGGUUCCCUGUCUUGAUGUGCGGCGACGGUGCAAAUGAUAUUGGGGCUUUAAAAGCUGCUGCUGUUGGGGUGUCUGUCCUGUCCAGCUCGCCUUGUGCUGCUGUUGCUGCUGCUGCUGCGCGAUCCGGCGCAGCUGGCAGCGCCGGAGGUUUGCAGUCACGGCAGCAGCAGCUGCAGCAGCAGCACCAGGAGCAGCAGAUGCAGGAGCUGCAGGAUGUGCAGCAGCAGCAGGUGCAGCAAUUGCAGCAGCAGCAGAUGCACCAGAUGCAGCUUCUGCAGCAGCAGCAGCUGCAGCUAUUGGACGAUCCGCGGACUCACAUGCUUAACACACAGCAGCAGCUGCUGCUGCACCAGCAGAUUCAUGCAAGGCUUCAUGCUAAGAUUAACCAGCAGCACGACGCUCUGGAUGAGCAGCACGCGCAGCAUUACGAGCAGCAGCUGCAGCAGCAGCUGCAGCUGCAGCGGCAGCAGUUUGUUGAACGAGCUCUAGAUGGAUUAGCAGGAGACAGCACCUUAGUGCCUCUAGGUUCUGCUUCUGUAGCAGCAGCAUUUACCUGUCGUGAGAGCGGCAUUAGCGUUGUCUCUCGGGUUAUUCUUCAGGGCCGCUGCUGCUUGUCUGCUUUGCUGCUGCUGCACCGCCUCAUAGCUCUCAAUUGCAGUGUAUCUGCAUUUUCGCUUUCUGUCUUGUCUACCGAUGGCGUUCGCUUCAGCGACCUCCAGGCAGCCUUGGAGAGCGCCCUGUCUACAGCACUUACCCUUUGCCUCAACUCCUCAGCUGUCGAGCACCAGCAGCAGCAACAGCAGCAACAGCAGCAGCAGCAGCAGCAGCCGCAGCAGCAGGAUCAGUAUAUGGGUGAUAGACCCCCGCCAACUUCUGUCUUCUCCUUCUGGGGCAUCGUCUCCCUUGUUGCUCAGGCGGCUGUACACGUCUGGUGUUUAGCAAGGACUUGGGUUUUAGCUCGCGCCAUUCGUGACAGCAGCAGCAGCAGCAGCAGCAGCGGGAAGGGGGAGAUGUACAUGUACGAUUCUGAAGAGCCUUUUCAACCGGAUGCAGUUAACACCGCUACUUUUUAUUUGCUGCUAACAAUGCAUAUAUCUACUUUUAUUGCAAACUAUGAGGGGGCCCCUUGGGCCCCUCCGCUGCUGCAGAACAAAAACCUAAAGAAGAUGCUUCUCGGCAGCUCCUUGCUGCUGCUGCUGCUGCUGCUGCAGUUAGCACCCUUCCUCAAUCAAACCCUUGAACUCGUCCUCUUCACGGACACCAGCUUCCUGCUGCAGCUCUAUCUCCUCAUUGCAGCAGAUCUUGUGGCGCCGUGGCUCUUUGCUACUGCAUGCAAGAAGGCAGCAGCGUUUAGACAAGGGCCCCUCAAGCCCCUUUCCCUUCAGCAGCAGCAACAGCAGCAGCUGCAGCAGCAGCGGCAGCGGCGGCACUAG